GAAAACAAUAGACAAAAAAGCAUGGGGCAAAAAUUUAUUUGGUAUAUCUUCGUAAUAAAUAAUAAUUAUUGUCAUUUUAUCAUUUCAUUAAAUAGUAAUUAAAAAAUUGAUACUAAUUUCCCAAUAGACUUCUAUACAACAAAUUUGUUUUUACGAAGAUAUUAGCAAAAUCGGGCAAAAUGGUUUUUGACAUUUUUAUAUAAAUAAGGCGUUUAGAGAAAUUGCAAAAAAAGUAAAGAAAGAGACAGAAGAGAAAAUGGAAACUGAAAUUUGUGAAAUUUCGGAUUCGAAGGAAGACAGCAAAUUACAAGACCUUCCAAGUAAAAAGAAAAAGACGAAGAGGUGCAUUUCUGCCGAAAAAAUUGCAUCAACCAACGAAGAAGUUAAAGAUUUGAAGCAGAGUGGAAAAGAAAGACACAUAAUUAAAAGAAAGAGUGAUCAGUUUGAAAUUAAUCAAUCGUCUAUAUCCGAAUACGACAAAAAACGAAAGAGAAAAAAGCACGAACCUUCUGAAUUAGAGCCAACAGCAGUUCAACAAUCUUCUGAUGAAGUAAAUGUACAGAAGGAAAAGAAGAAACGGAAAAGUGAUCGGUCACUAGAAAAAGAUACUGCAAAUUUAAAAAGCGGUUCUUUGGUAACUGGAGAAGGCGAUUCUGAAGUGUCGAUCAAAAAUACGUGCCAAAACUUGUCCGGAAAGAAAGGGAGUGAUUUACAAGAUAAAUAUGGACAGGAUUUGCCUGAAGAAUUGAUUAAUCCUUGUAAAGACGAUAUAAAUUUCCGUUACAGAUAAUGUAAGACUAUCAUGGAGCUGCGCGAUUUUAUAUUUUCUGUAUUAAGGAUUCUUAAUUUUCGUGUGUAUAAUUUGCGUGUAUAUAAAAUCUGUGUAGUCUGUAUGCAAUAGUGUAUGUUUUGGCAUUUACUGCUUUCCGCAGAUGAAUAAUUCAAUUUGUAUUUUCGACGAAGGCAAGGAAACCUCAUUCGAAACACGGGUCACUGCUGGUUUUUCUUCAGUUACAUAUUAUAAAAGUUAUUUAUAACAUGCAUUUUCAUUUUGCUAAAAUUCAUUUUUUUUCUUUAUAAAAAUGAAGUGGAUUAGGUUCACUUGCUCUAAUCUUGAAGAAAAGUUUCUGCUAUUCAUGUGUCAUAUUUAUAUACAAUACGAACAU